GUUCAGAGUGUGAAGCGCAAUUCCCACAGCUUUGCUUGCCUCGCUCUGCAGUCUGCACAAGCGCAAUUAGCCUCACUCACUCAAUCCAACAAACACAAAGUGACCUCCAUGCCUGGAAACAAGCAGCAGCUUCUAGCUGCAUGCUUCCUCCUGGUGGGCCUCAACCUUGUCGCCCUCACCGCCGGCGACGAUCAGCAGCUCGUGUACUCCGGCUUCGCCGGCAGCAACCUCAUCCUCGACGGCGCAGCUACCGUCAAGGGGAGCGGCCUCCUGGAGCUCACCAACGGCACGCUCCGGCUCAAAGGCCAUGCCAUCCAUCCCACGCCGCUGCGCUUCCGCGACGCGGCGUCGUCCAACAGCAGCGCGGCGAGGUCCUUCUCCACCUCUUUCGUGUUCGGCAUCCUCUCCGCCUACCCCGACGUGAGCGCCAACGGCCUCGCCUUCUUCGUCGCGUCGAGCAAGGACUUCUCGGGGGCCAUGGCGGCGCAGUACCUCGGCCUCCUCAACGGCAGCAACAACGGCAACGACACCAACCGCGUCUUCGCCGUCGAGCUCGACACGAUGCAGAACAACGAGUUCAGGGACAUCAGCGACAACCAUGUCGGGAUCGACAUCAACAGCCUUGUCUCGGUGGACUCCACCAACGCCGGCUACCACGACGGCGGCGGCGACGGCGACUUCCACAGCCUGACGCUGAUCAGCCACGAGGCGAUGCAGGUGUGGGUGGACUACGACGGCCAGGCCAAGAAGAUCAACGUGACCCUGGCUCCCCUCAAGAUGGGCAAACCUGCCAGGCCGCUUCUCUCGGCAACACACGACCUCUCGACGGUGAUCCCCGACAUGGCAUACAUCGGCUUCUCAUCGUCCACAGGAUUAGUCAGCUCAAGGCACUAUGUUCUUGGAUGGAGCUUUGCCAUGGAUGGUCCUGCGCCGGCCAUCAACAUCGCCAAGCUGCCCAAGCUACCCCGUGAGUUCCCAAAACCAAGAUCCAAGGUCAUGGAAAUCGUCCUACCAAUAGUCACAGCAGCAGUGGUCCUGUUUGUGGGUGUGGUUCUUGUUCUACUUAGGCGAAGGCAGCUAAGGUACUGUGAGCUAAGGGAAGAUUGGGAAGUUGAGUUCGGACCACAUCGGUUCUCGUACAAGGAUUUAUUCAGUGCCACAGAAGGAUUCAAGAACAAAAAUCUAUUGGGAGUAGGAGGGUUUGGGAAAGUGUACAGGGGAGUCCUUCCGGUGUCUAAAUGUGAGAUCGCGGUGAAGAGGGUGUCACACAACUCGAAGCAGGGCAUGAAGGAAUUUGUUGCUGAGAUUGUUAGCAUCGGGCGCAUGCAACAUCCUUACCUUGUUCAGUUACUGGGUUAUUGCCGUCGGAAAGGUGAACUGCUUCUGGUAUAUGAGUACAUGUCGAAUGGGAGCCUGGAUAAGUAUUUGUAUUGCCAAGAGAGCAAGGGUACACUCAAUUGGGUGCAGAGGCUUGGCAUCAUCAAAGGCAUUGCAUCAGGCUUGAUCUACCUCCAUGAGGAAUGGGAAAAGGUUGUCGUCCACCGCGACAUCAAGGCGAGCAAUGUGCUACUUGACAGUGGUAUGAAUGGUCGGUUAGGAGACUUUGGGCUUGCUAUGCUGUAUGACCACAGUGACAACCCACAAACCUCACAUGUUGUUGGCACCAUAGGAUACCUUGCCCCUGAGCUUGGAUGCACCAGUAAGGCGACCACUUUGACCGAUGUAUUUGCCUUUGGCACAUUCGUUCUUGAGGUCAUCUGUGGGCAAAAGCCCAUCAUGCAGGAUUCAGAAGACAACCAACUCAUGUUGGUGGAUUGGGUGGUCGAGCAUUGGAAACAAACAUCGCUAAUUGGUGCGGUGGAUGCCAAGCUCCAAGGUGACUACAAUGUCGAUGAGGCAUGCAUAGCACUGAAGGUAGGAUUGUUGUGCUCUCAUCCCUUUCCCGAGGCAAGGCCCAGUAUGCGGCAAGUCCUGCAAUACCUAAACGGUGAAUUGGCAGUGCCAGAGCUGGUUCCAGCACAUCUAAGCUUCCAAAUGCUGACACUGAUGCAGAAUGAAGGGUUCGACUCAUACAUCAUGUCGUAUCCUUCAUCAGUCGAUAGCGUUUCCAACCUUGUGCAAGAAAGAUAAGAAGAAUUUCCAACCUUUGUGCUAGUGGUUUUGACAUA